GCGCGUUCCUGCGUUUCAUGUUUUUAAAUUUAAUGUGAUUUUAAUUCGGCAAUGGGUUUAUUUGUUUUUCUUUGUUGAAUAUAAAUGGGGCCAUUUACAGGACUCAUGAUUUUAUGUUGUAAAUUCAUCACAGAAUUAUCUCAUUAUCCAUCAAUCGUUAAUCUCGGGGGUGUAAUGUGAUGUUAAGUGUUCGUUGGUGGCAGUGUGAUCAGCGCUCAAGUGUCUCUCGAUAAAAUGAUACUACGAUUUUUUUAAAAUAGUUCCUGAACUAAAGCAAUAUGAAGCCGGAAAAACAAACACCUAUACCUGCGGUCACCGAAAACAUACCCGCAAUGGAAAUAAAAUACUCAUGCAAGGACGAAAUUAUAACGGAGACGGUGACUGAGGAAACGGAACCAGAACGCGGGAAUUGGACGGGGCGCUUCGACUUCCUAUUAUCACUUCUAGGAUAUAGCGUUGGAUUAGGCAACGUAUGGCGAUUCCCAUAUCUAUGCUAUAAUAACGGAGGAGGUGCAUUUUUAAUUCCAUUCACAAUUAUGCUUGUGAUUGCUGGCCUUCCACUCAUGUUUAUGGAGUUAUCAUUUGGUCAAUAUGCCGCUCUUGGACCUGUCGCAGUUUAUAAUCGAUUCUGCCCGCUUUUCCGAGGACUAGGUUACGGAAUGGUCAUAGUAUCCAGCAUAGUAAUGUUGUAUUAUAAUCUUAUUAUCGCAUGGACCAUUUAUUACAUGGUGGUAUCAUUCGCAAGCAUUUUUUAUAAACUUCCGUGGCAAAACUGUGACGCUGAUUGGAGUACUAAAUUUUGUUACUCAUACGAAGAGGCGAACCAUUGUCAGGCGCAAAAUGGUACAUAUUACUUACGGGAAUGCUUAAACCAAAGUUAUGCUACACUUCACAACAUCGCCGCUCUAGCUGAAGUGGCUCUACGUCGACCGCCUGCCGAGGAAUAUUUUACUAAUCAAGUCCUAGGCCUGUCAUCUGGCAUCGAAGAAACAGGUCAAAUUCGUGUGGGCAUGGCUGCGUGUUUAUUUGCUGCCUGGCUUAUCGUCUUUCUUUGCUUAUGCAAAGGAGUGCAGUCAUCAGGAAAGGUGGUGUAUUUUACGGCGCUAUUUCCUUACGUAGUAUUGGUAAUUCUAUUUAUUCGCGGGGUAAGUUUACCGGGAGCUUCUACGGGAAUUCUUUUUUAUCUUACACCGGAUUUUAGUCAGCUUGCUAACGCUCAGGUGUGGGGUGAUGCUGCUGUACAAAUAUUUUUUGCUUUGAGUCCAGCUUGGGGAGGUCUUAUCACACUUUCAUCUUACAACAAAUUUUCUAACAACUGCUAUAUAGAUUCAUUGAUCGUGGCGGUGUCAAAUAUUGGUACAUCGUUUUUUGCCGGUUUGGUUAUAUUUUCCGUAAUAGGGUUUUUGGCUCAUGAGCUGAACGUAGGCGUGGACCGCGUGGUAGAUCAAGGAGCAGGCCUAGCUUUCAUAGUAUACCCUGAAGUGGUGACUAGAUUACCAGUCUCACCUCUUUGGUCCAUACUUUUUUUCGUUAUGCUGUUAACUUUAGGACUUGAUUCACAGUUUGCUUUAAUGGAGACAGUAACAACUGCUAUAUUGGAUCGAUUUCCCAAUUUCCGUCAGAAGAAAGUUUGGGUUGUGUUAGCGGUAGCUCUGUUUGGUUAUAUGGGCGGUUUGAUUUUUACAACUAAUAGUGGAAUGUAUUGGUUACAACUUAUGGAUAAAUAUGCAGCGAAUUGGUCAGUUCUUAUAAUCGCUAUAGGUGAAUGCGUAAUAAUUGCUUGGAUUUACGGAGCUGAAAAGUUUUGUCAAGAUAUACAAAGCAUGAUCGGCCCGCAGUCAAAGCUCUGGGUUGUGUUUUGGAGUGCGAUGUGGCGAAUAAUCACCCCAGCCGCAUUAGUUUUCAUUUUAGUAUUCAAUUGGAUCGAAUAUAAACCGGCAUCAUAUGGCCACUAUGUGUAUCCGAUGUGGGCUGAUGCAGUCGGUUGGAUAAUUGGAGUAUUACCGAUUGUUGUAGUAGUUAUUAUGGCCGUUAAUCAAAUUUGCAGCGGACCUGAUGAUCUUACGAUUAUGGAGAAAGCACGAGUUCUCGCACAGCCGACUGACGAAUGGGGCCCGGCAUCAGGAUCUAUCUAUAGUAGCGCGCUUCGGACGGAGACUGAACUGUCGCCGCCGGUGCUGCUACUGCACGGCCGCCACGUGCUACGCGAGCGGGGAGCAUGACCCCCGCACGCCCAUCCGCUCAUUGCUAUGCGGAAGACGUCUCAUGAUGGAAUAGACGUAACAUCUAUUACUAGUGGCAUAGAAAAUGAAAUAAAGAAAGCAGGGACAAAAAUUAAAAAGACAUCAAAGAAAAGAAAAGUUCAAA